UUCUACAAAUAUGGUAUACCCAACCAAACACUCUUUCUUAAUGCAGUGUUUGACAAACCCGAAAGAAUUCUUCUGUAAUAGAGUGAGCAGAAGAAUGCAGCACGCCUCCGCCUCCGCCUCCGCCUCCCGCCCCGGCACCGCUGCCGCUGCGGAGAACGGCGUAAUCGAGAUCCACUCCUUGGACGAGUGGAGAUCAAAGUGGCAAGCCCAGAGCAACUCCAACAAGCUGAUGGUGGUCCACUUCUCGGCGAAGUGGUGCGGGCCGUGCCGCUUCAUCGAGCCGGCUUUCGCGGAGCUGGCGGCCCAGUUCAAGGACGUGGCGUUCGUGACGAUCGACGUCGAUGAGCUCGAACAUUUGGCGUCGAAGUGGAAGGUGAGGGCGAUACCGACCUUCUUCCUGCUCAAAGGUCGGCAGGUGAUGCACAAGAUUGUGGGCGCCAAGAGGAACGAACUCGAAAGGAAGAUCCAAAUGGUCAUAAAUCAAUCUACUGCGGCCUAACCGUUUACACUGUCGUAUCAGUGUUCAGACUCUCUACAGUCACAUGCGUAGGAAUUUCUUUGCAGGGCUGGUCGAUCCGAUCCUGAUCUCUCAACUACUGGCGAGUAUUGUUGAGAUCACAAUAUUCUAAUUAGCUUUUCAAUUACAUGGUUCGAUCAGCUAGUGUUACGUAUCUAAUAGUACGUAUUUAUAGAAUGUUUCUCUUUCAUGUGUGUGAAGUUGAUGGUAUCUUCUACUUUUAUAAUUCCUGUGCACGCAAAUAUAGAUAAAUAAAUAAAUAAUUUUGCAUGGUUUUAAUA